AUGAUAUCAAGUGCCAAUAGCUUGGUUUGGAUGGAGGGUAAAGAAGAUGAAGAAACAGCUUCAUGGACUCGAAAUACCACCAGUACUAUUGCCAACAACAGCAAUGGCGGUGUGGAGAACAGAGGCGAAGUGGGUACGCUCACAACAUUCAAAUCAAUGCUUGAAGUCGAAGACGAUGGCUGGUAUGUGAACACAAACAACCUCCAAAACCAACACGACGUCAGAAACCUCACUUUCUCGCCAAACUUCACAGAAGCUGAGGCUAAUCUGUUGUUACAACCAAUGGACUCGUCUUCUUCAUGUUCACUAUCAUCGGUUUCAGUGUUCAACAAUUUCGACCCAUCUCAGGUACACUGUUUUUUGCCUCCAAAACCAACCGUGCCUUCGUCGGUUCUAAAUGCUAUAGAAAAUAGCUUCGAUUUGGGUAGUGAAACUGCGUUUCUGGAGACCCAAGCUUUAAGUUCUUUGAAUAGAGGAAGUCGGCUUUUGACUGGUUUCAGGGAUUUGAGCUCAAAAUCUCAGAUUGGUAAUCCUAAUUUGUGCUUAGAUCCUCAUUUGCCAACUACCCAUUUGCUUCAAUCGCCCGAAAACAGUGGUACAGUCACUGCUGGUUUUGGUUUAUCAGGUUUCAUGGGUAUUGACGAGGGUUCUGGGAGUUCUUUGUUUUUAAAUAGGUCCACGUUAUUGAAACCACUGGAAAAUUUUGCUUCAAUUGGAGCACAGCCUACUCUGUUCCAGAAGAGAGCUGCUCUUAGGAAAAAAUUCCUCAAAAACCCAGCGGAGGAAACCCAAGGAAAUAUGAUAUCAAGUGCCAAUAGCUUGGUUUGGAUGGACGGUAAAGAAGAUGAAGAAACAGCUUCAUGGACUCGAAAUACCACCAGUACUAUUGCCAACAACAGCAAUGGCGGUGUGGAGAACAGAGGCGAAGUGGGUACGCUCACAACAUUCAAAUCAAUGCUUGAAGUCGAAGACGAUGGCUGGUAUGUGAACACAAACAACCUCCAAAACCAACACGACGUCAGAAACCUCACUUUCUCGCCAAACUUCACAGAAGCUGAGGCUAAUCUGUUGUUACAACCAAUGGACUCGUCUUCUUCAUGUUCACUAUCAUCGGUUUCAGUGUUCAACAAUUUCGACCCAUCUCAGGUACACUGUUUUUUGCCUCCAAAACCAACCGUGCCUUCGUCGGUUCUAAAUGCUAUAGAAAAUAGCUUCGAUUUGGGUAGUGAAACUGCGUUUCUGGAGACCCAAGCUUUAAGUUCUUUGAAUAGAGGAAGUCGGCUUUUGACUGGUUUCAGGGAUUUGAGCUCAAAAUCUCAGAUUGGUAAUCCUAAUUUGUGCUUAGAUCCUCAUUUGCCAACUACCCAUUUGCUUCAAUCGCCCGAAAACAGUGGUACAGUCACUGCUGGUUUUGGUUUAUCAGGUUUCAUGGGUAUUGACGAGGGUUCUGGGAGUUCUUUGUUUUUAAAUAGGUCCACGUUAUUGAAACCACUGGAAAAUUUUGCUUCAAUUGGAGCACAGCCUACUCUGUUCCAGAAGAGACCUGCUCUUAGGAAAGUUCUGGGUGAUAAUGGUAGCGAUUUGGAGAUUUUAGGCAUUGAAAAUUGUCGGGGUUCGACAAAUGUUGAAUGUUUUGGUAAGAAGACGGAAGUGAGUGAAGUGAAUGAGAGGAAAAGGAAGAAUGACAGUGGGAAUGAUGUUGAAGAUGUGAAUAUUGAUGGUUUUGGUUUGAAUCAUGACUCUGAUGAAUUUAUGGAGAUCACCAAGGUGGAGGAGAGUGCUAAAAAUUGUGGGAAUAGCUCAAAUGCGAAUAGUACGGUCACUGGUGGGGAUCACAAAGUGAAGAAGAAGGGGCUUCCAGCUAAGAAUUUGAUGGUUGAACGCCGCCGCCGGAAGAAGCUCAAUGAUAGGCUUUACAUGCUGAGGUCNAACCCAGCGGAGGAAACCCAAGGAAAUAUGAUAUCAAGUGCCAAUAGCUUGGUUUGGAUGGAGGGUAAAGAAGAUGAAGAAACAGCUUCAUGGACUCGAAAUACCACCAGUACUAUUGCCAACAACAGCAAUGGCGGUGUGGAGAACAGAGGCGAAGUGGGUACGCUCACAACAUUCAAAUCAAUGCUUGAAGUCGAAGACGAUGGCUGGUAUGUGAACACAAACAACCUCCAAAACCAACACGACGUCAGAAACCUCACUUUCUCGCCAAACUUCACAGAAGCUGAGGCUAAUCUGUUGUUACAACCAAUGGACUCGUCUUCUUCAUGUUCACUAUCAUCGGUUUCAGUGUUCAACAAUUUCGACCCAUCUCAGGUACACUGUUUUUUGCCUCCAAAACCAACCGUGCCUUCGUCGGUUCUAAAUGCUAUAGAAAAUAGCUUCGAUUUGGGUAGUGAAACUGCGUUUCUGGAGACCCAAGCUUUAAGUUCUUUGAAUAGAGGAAGUGGGCUUUUGACUGGUUUCAGGGAUUUGAGCUCAAAAUCUCAGAUUGGUAAUCCUAAUUUGUGCUUAGAUCCUCAUUUGCCAACUACCCAUUUGCUUCAAUCGCCCGAAAACAGUGGUACAGUCACUGCUGGUUUUGGUUUAUCAGGUUUCAUGGGUAUUGACGAGGGUUCUGGGAGUUCUUUGUUUUUAAAUAGGUCCACGUUAUUGAAACCACUGGAAAAUUUUGCUUCAAUUGGAGCACAGCCUACUCUGUUCCAGAAGAGACCUGCUCUUAGGAAAGUUCUGGGUGAUAAUGGUAGCGAUUUGGAGAUUUUAGGCAUUGAAAAUUGUCGGGGUUCGACAAAUGUUGAAUGUUUUGGUAAGAAGACGGAAGUGAGUGAAGUGAAUGAGAGGAAAAGGAAGAAUGACAGUGGGAAUGAUGUUGAAGAUGUGAAUAUUGAUGGUUUUGGUUUGAAUCAUGACUCUGAUGAAUUUAUGGAGAUCACCAAGGUGGAGGAGAGUGCUAAAAAUUGUGGGAAUAGCUCAAAUGCGAAUAGUACGGUCACUGGUGGGGAUCACAAAGUGAAGAAGAAGGGGCUUCCAGCUAAGAAUUUGAUGGUUGAACGCCGCCGCCGGAAGAAGCUCAAUGAUAGGCUUUACAUGCUGAGGUCUGUCGUCCCAAAGAUUAGCAAGAUGGACAGGGCUUCCAUUCUUGGGGAUGCCAUUGAGUACUUGGAAGAACUUCUGCAGAAGAUCAAUGAUCUUCAAAAUGAACUGGAGUCAACCCCUCCUAGUUCUUCAUUGGUGCCUACCACAAGCUUUUAUCCUUUAACACCCACCCCACCUACCCUGCCCUCCUGCAUUAAGGAAGAACUUUGUCCAAGCUUGUUGCCAAGCCCCACUGGACAGUCUGCAAAUGUUGAAGUAAGUGUAAGAAAAGGAAGAGCUGUAAAUAUCCACAUGUUCUGUGGCUGCAGACCAGGGCUCCUGCUGUCAAUAAUGAGGACUCUGGAUAACCUUGGGCUAGACAUCCAACAAGCUGUUAUCAGCUGCUUCAAUGGGUUUGUGUUGGAUAUCUUCCGAGCUGAGGUGAUCUUUUUCUUGUUCUCUAAAAUUUUGUAG